AUGAGUGGAAUUCUGGACCUGUCCCACCCCAUGUCUGCAGAGGCAACGCAAGGAAGUUACAUCAUCACUGCAUGGAAUGAGAAGGGAGAACAAACCUCCCAAAACUUUGACAUCAAAGAAUAUGUGUUGCCCAAAUAUGAGGUGAAAGUCCAUCUUCCCCAAACAAUAACUAUUCUGGACAAUCAAGCAACACUGAGAACUGACAAAACUGGUUGUGCAACCCAAAUUAUUGACGUGACCCGAUUCGCUCUAAAUGAAUCAAAGUUUGAUGACUUUGAAGUGGAGACUGAGAUGGAGGAAUAUGGAACGGGGGUCAGCCUUAAAGGUAAUGGCAAGGCAAGCUUUACCGAUGUCAUCGUAACUGUUUGUUUUGAGGACGUGCCCCAAGCAUAUAAACCAGGGAUUGCAUAUGAGGGGAAGAUCAAUGUGACCGGUCCAGACUCUACUCCCAUUCCCAAUGAGCCUGUGUAUCUCUUCCUACAAAACAGUGGCACAUCUGAGGACUGGACUCUCACCACAGACAGCAAGGGCAUUGCUUCUUUCUCUCUAGACACUUCUCUGUGGAGUUCUGAGUCUGUGUCUCUGUCGAGCUUUGUGAAGAUAAUGCAGGGCGAAGGGAAGUUCUCCUGUGAGAAGGACGGGGAGGUGAGUGUGAAAGUGAGUGCCGAGGCAUUGAAGACUGAGGAGCUCUGCGGCAACGAAGUGGCCACGGUGCCAGAGAAAGGACGCAUUGACACCAUUGUGCAAACACUGCUGGUAGAGGUGAGUGUCUGCUACCAGAGAGAGCUCAACUACAAGCAUGAUGAUGGCUCCUACAGUGCCUUUUGGAAGAGUGAUGAAUCUGGAAACACCUGGCUCACCUCCUUUGUGCUGAAGUCCUUUGGCGGGGCCAAGCCCUACAUCUUUGUGGACCCCGCCCACAUUGCCCAGGCCAAGGCCUGGUUGGCCAGUCACCAGCAGAAUGAUGGCUGCAUCACAUCAGUAGGGAAACUCUUCCAUAACGGCAUGAAGGGAGGGGUCGGGAAUCAGGUGUCGCUCACUGCCUACAUUACCGCUGCACUGCUGGAGCUGGAUGGCAACACUACUGACCCCAUGGUGGAGAAGAGUCUGGUGUGUCUGAAGGCAGCAGUGUCUGACAAGCUGGACAGCACCUACACCACAGCUCUGAUGUCCUACACAUUCGCCCUGGCACAAAACCAGGAUAUGAGGGCCAAGCUCAUCACCCACCUGGACAAGAUUGCUGAUACCUCAGGUGGCAAUCGUCACUGGGAGAGAGCGGAGGCUUCUGCGUGGAAGACAGACUCUCUGGAGGUGGAAAUGACAUCCUACGUGCUGCUGGCGCUGCUCUCAGGCCCGUCCAUGCCAGGCUUUGGGCUGGACUACUCCACCGCCAUCGUCCGCUGGCUGGCCCAGCAGCAGAACCCCUACGGAGGUUUUGCUUCCACACAGGACACAGUGGUAGCACUGCAGGCUCUGGCCAAGUACGGUGCUGCCACCUUCAGCCCAGAGGGCGCCAGUACAGUCAGUGUGAGCUCAGCCGGAGGCCUGAAUAUGGAGUUCACUGUGAAUCAGAACAACAGGCUUCUCUAUCAGGAGGAACAGCUGAAGGAGGUCCCUGGGGACUACAACAUCAAGACACAGGGCAAAAGCUGUGUGUUUGUGCAGAUCGCCAUGCACUACAAUAUUCCCCCUCCUCCUGAUUUCUCUGCUUUUAACAUCUCAACAGAGACGCUGGGGAAAUGCAACGGCACCAAGAAAUCUCUGAUUGUGUCUGUGGAUGUAAGGUACAACGGUCGGCGAGAGGAGACCAACAUGGUGAUCAUCAAUGUCAAACUUCUCUCCGGCUUCGUCCUGGACAAGUCCUCCCUCAGGCCUUUGAAAAAUGACCCCACUGUCAAACGAGUUGACCUGGAGGAAGGACAUGUCAUCAUCUACCUAGAUGGGCUUAUUCAGAAGGAAACUAAGACGUACAGCCUGGCCAUAGAGGAGGUUGUGCCUGUGAGGAAUCUGAAACCAGCUGUGGUGAAAGUGUAUGACUACUACCAGACAAGUGAUGAAGCUGUGAGUGAAUACAGCUCCCCAUGUGUAGAGAGUAAGUACAAAACCUUUCUAUAACCAAACCUACUCAUCUCAUACUUCUGUUUGUGAAAUUAGCCUAAAUGACAAAUGUAGAUAUUAAUGUGUAUGUUCACUGUUUAUUUUAUAGAGUAAAAUCCUAGGACAAGCAGGCAAUGCUCUAUUGAUUUCAUCACAGGUGAUGAAAUCAAUGAUGUGUGAAAGACAAAGCCAAUCACAAGCUGACUGGACCAUGGCUCAACCAAUUGCUUUCCUAUCAAGGAAGUCAUGUUUUUAGGUAGAGCUCAUAAAACCUCUACAGUUCAUGGUACCACAUUGACCAACUUGUGAUCCGUUUUUAACAUAAGUGAAUUUUUAAAAUGUGUUUAAUAGAUGGGCAUUAGAAUGUACUUUUAAUUCUUUGAUUUGUGCUAACACGUUGUAACCCUAAAAUGAUUGUGUGAGAUCGUUAUUUCAAAAGUAAUAUCAGUGUUUCUACUGCGACGAUGAGAAUGAAAUGUUUUAAUAAAACCAUGGCCAUGUUGCUAUGAUUUCAAACCAGACUCACAGUAACAUUUCUGUUUUAAUAGAUCUGACAAUAUCCAUAUAAUCCAUACAUGAAAGUGCCGUAUAAAACAGUGUACCGUCAACAUAAUAUAGUCUGAAGAUGGUGUGAGAGAUGUUCUACACGGUGUUGAGGGAGUGUAGACAGUUGUAUGACCCUGUGAGUGUUCUUAAGUAUACUGAAGUGUAUUCUGAGUUUUC